AUGAGUACCGCUAUUGAUUUAGUUAAAGAAGACAAUUUGCAGCAUGAAGACAUGGACUUGACUUGUAUUGAUCCUGUCAGCACUUCACCCAAGCAGAGUGAAAUGUCAGGCGGUGCUGAGCAACAGACCAUGAGAGUUUACCUCAGAGUCAGGCCCUUCUCUAAAGAGGAACUGUCUGACAAUGAGGAUCAGGAUUGCGUGGUGAUUGAAAACAACCAGAUGGUGUCACUGCAUGCUCCAAAAGGUUCUGCCACCAUGAAGAGUAGUGAGAAGGGCAUUGGCAUGUCCCUCCACAAAUUCUCCUUCUCGCAGAUUUUUGGACCAGAGACGACACAGGCUGAGCUGUUUGAGGCCACCGUCAAAAGCCAAAUGUCUGAUUUCUUGGAAGGGAAGACCGCACUGAUAUUCAGCUACGGUGUAACCAACGCUGGGAAAACCUUCACAAUCCAAGGAACUCCAAAAGAGCAGGGGAUACUACCUCGAGUGUUGGACGCCACCUUUCAGUUCACCGGAGGCCGUCAGUAUGAGGCGAUGGACCUGAAACCCUACCUCAGGAAUAAUGCGCAGUAUCUGGAUCCUGACCAAGUCAAGCAGGAGAGAAGCACCAAGGCUGCCAUUUUUGCUUCAUUCAAAGAGGAGUGUGAUCCUCCCAGAUCCACUGGUGGUUCAGAGUCCUUGUCCUGUUCUACAAGUCAUGUCUCAUCCUCAUCCUUAUCCUACGACCAAACAGGUAUGUUUAACGAGCCAACAGAGACAGGCAGCAGCCAGUAUGCCUUAUGGGUGGGAUUCUUUGAAAUCUACAACGAGUGUGUGUAUGACCUACUUCAUCAACCCUCCCUCUGCUCCAAGUCCAAGAAACGUGCUUCCCUUCGAGUAUGUGACGACGGUGCCGGAAACGCUUAUGUGAAAGAUCUCAGGUGGAUCAACAUCCAGAACAUGGACGAAGCCUGCAAAUUGCUACAGUUCGGAAACAAAAACAGGAGCGCUGCAGCCACUAAGAUGAACCAGUCCUCCAGCAGAAGUCACAGUAUAUUUACCAUGAAGCUGCUGAACAUUGAUGGCAGCACAGUUAAAUGGAUCUCAGAGUUUUCUCUGUGCGAUCUGGCCGGCUCCGAAAGAUGCAACAAAACAAAGACAUUUGGAGAGAGGCUGAAAGAAGCUGGAAACAUCAACAACUCGCUGCUCAUUCUGGGGAAGUGCAUCAGUGCCCUUCGAAACAAUAAGACUGACAGAACGAAGAGUAGCUACAUACCCUUUAGAGAGAGCAAGCUCACCAAACUCUUCCAGGCUGUUUUCUGCGGCAAAGGAAAAGCUUCAAUGAUAGUCAACAUUAACCAGUGUGCCUCCACUUAUGACGAGACUCUUCAUGUUAUGAAAUUCUCAGCUAUUGCUAAACAGGUGGUGCAGGUGAUCCCAGACAAGCCUCUGGACUCUCUAGCUCCCUGUCUGGUCGGCCGCGACGGCAAGCAUCUUGUGAGGAAUGGGAUGAUUGACAGCCAGGCCCUGGAGAGCUACCUAUCUGAAGAGGAGCUGCUCGAUGAAGAAGACGAGGCCGAUAUGUCUUUACUGCCACACGAUGAAAUCUUGAAUGUGACUGAAAGCCUUCGAGCAAAACUACUAGCUGAGAGAAGAAGAAACCUGGUGCAGGAAAUGGAGAUUCGUAAAGAAAUGGGAGAUGCCAUGUUGCAGCAGCUCAUGGAGAGCGAAGAACUCCGCAGUCGACAGAUCGAAGAGCUGAAGGAGAGCUACCAAGAGAAGCUCGAGAACACCUUUGAGAUGUACAAGGAUGCUAUCAAAGAACACGCCUACCAGUGUGCUAUGAACAAUCUGGAAGAUGACUAUGUGCCUCUCGAUGAGUUCAUUGCUGAACAGGAGAAGGUGGAGGCCCUCAGACGGAAGCUGUCAGAGUUUGAGAUGUUAUCACCUGAUACCAGAGGAGCGUCUGCAGUUCUAACAGUGGCCCAGUCAAGCCAGACCAAGCCAUCUGAGGAGUCAGAAGUAGCAGACGAUGAUCGAUUCAAACGUCUUUACAGAGAAAAAUGUGCCAUAGAGAGGAUGUGUGUGGACAAACAACAGUUGAUUGUGUGUCUAGAGAAAAGGCUGAUAGAUCUCAGUGAAACACUUCAGAAUGUCAGAGAUAGCUUCCUGGAGAAAUCUGCUGAUCUUGAGUCUCUGCAGAGGAAGACUGAUGAUCAGACAACAUCUAUGGAGGAAAUUCUACUGCAGAAUAUCGACAAGGACAGGGAGAUCGCCUCACUGAAGGCAGAACUCCUCAAGCUCUCCCAUAUGUCGCCUGUGAUGCCCAAGAUCAAGCGAGGCCUUCUCGCCAACAUCAGGGAGGCGGUCACUUCUCCACGGAAGAGUGCCGCUGGCCGGUCACUGAGGAAAACAGUACGGACUCCGCACCACUGA